AUGAAAAAAUUGAAGAGACGUCUCAGUGCCGCGUUUCGGGGUGACCGAGGUCGUUCCAUUGAAAUCACAGAUGUGUGUGGAAUUCAUCCAAGUUAUGGGCACGGCAUCUUCUUGGCCCAUCCAGCACCUUCGAGGACAUGGAGUCUCUCAGAUUCCAUGAGUCAUCUAGCCGAUAGACUGGCUGCAGAUGGUGUUAUCGUUGAGGAAACAGACCCAUCUGCCAUCUUACGUCGUCCAGAUCAUCGAUAUCGUCACAUCCAGCCUCGAGCGACAAGUAUGUAUAAUCCUAGCGUUUAUCAUGGCUACUAUGGAUCUCAUGCAUCCGUCGUUCAAGAGACAUCAAUAUUAGGAUCGGAUGGCGAAAGUGUCGAAGUAUCUCCUUGUACGUCAGACCAAACACCCACUGGAGUUCCUCCAAGAUACAUUGUGAAUGUGAAGUUAAGACAAAAACCUACAAGGAAAUGGAGCGAGGAGGAUAUUCAAAAACGACUUUCUCUACCGGCUGAUAUGCGACUGCCUAUAAGUGUAGUUGAGAAACUUAAUAGAACGCCGACACUUGACCAACCACUCACUAGGAAAAACCGAAGAGCUUCUCUUAAUGAAAUCGGCUUUGGUAAAUUAGAAACCUAUGAAAAACUGAAUAAACUGGGUGAAGGCACGUAUGCUACAGUUUACAGAGGCUUCUCUGUUCUAACAAACAAAUAUGUGGCUUUGAAGGAAAUACGUUUGGAACAAGAAGAAGGAGCACCAUGUACCGCAAUCCGGGAAGUUUCCCUAUUGAGGAAUCUACGUCAUGCCAAUGUCGUCACUUUGCAUGAUAUCAUUCACACGGAUCGACUGUUAACCUUGGUGUUUGAAUACGUGGAUAGAGAUUUGAAGCAAUAUAUGGAUGCAUGUAGUGCUCCAUUAAGCAUGAACAAUGUUCGGCUUUUUCUCAUUCAAUUGUUACGUGGUCUCGCUUAUUGUCAUCAACGACGGGUUCUUCACAGAGAUUUGAAACCUCAGAAUCUCCUGAUAACAGCAAAAGGAGAACUCAAGUUAGCAGACUUUGGUCUUGCUAGAGCGAAAUCUGUGCCUACAAAAACUUAUUCUAACGAAGUCGUUACAUUGUGGUAUAGGCCGCCAGAUGUUCUCUUAGGUUCCACCGACUAUUCAACUCAUAUCGACAUGUGGGGUGUGGGUUGUAUUUUGUUCGAAAUGAUCGCUGGCCGAGCUCUUUUCCCUGGUUCUACCACUGACGAACAAUUAGGAUUGAUAUUUAGAACACUCGGAUCGCCUCGGAAAGAUAAGCACCCAACGAUUUGUGCAAGAUCAGCUUAUGCUCCUUAUGCUCAUAAGGUGUAUACUCCUGAUCCGAUCAAUCGUCAGAUACCAAGACUCGAGUCAACUGGAUAUGAUUUACUCCAGAAAUUUCUUCAAUAUGAAGGCAAUAACCGUAUUUCCGCUCGGGAUGCUAUGCAACAUCCGUUUCUCAGGGCUUUAUACCAAAAAGUAAUACAUUUACGGAAUGAUGAGUCCUUGCUGGAAGCUGAGGGAGUUCAUCUGGAAAAAGAUCCUGUCGGUCCAAAGGAUAAUCAUGUUCAGAAUAGGGUUUCAAAAAAUACUAGGAGACAAAGCUUGUUAAUAUAA